AUGGCAGCUCAAGUACCCACCGAAGCUCUCAAGGAGCUCAACGUGGCCGAAGGCUCUCAGAAGCCCGGCGCAACCGCCCAGUCCAAGACCGACGCUGCCGGCGACGAACACGGCGGCGAUGAUUCUGAAGACGAAGCCGAUGGACACGUCGACGGCGCCGCCCCUACCGGCGAGGCCACCAAGAAGAAGAAGAAGAGAAAGCCCAAGAAGAAGAAGAAGCACCCCACCAGCCAGACUGACCCUCCCCGCGUCAUGAUCAGCCAGCUGUUCCCUAACAAGGCCUACCCCAAGGGAGAGGAGGUUGAGUACAAGGACGAGAACAACUACCGCACCACAAACGAGGAGAAGCGUCACCUGGACAACCUCAACAGCGACUUCCUGGCCGAUUUCCGUGAGGCGGCCGAGAUUCAUCGUCAGGUGCGCCAGUGGACGCAGAAGAAUAUUAAGCCCGGCCAGACCUUGACCGAGAUCGCCGAGGGUAUCGAGAACAGUGUCCGUGCCUUGACUGGUCACGAUGGCUUGGCCGAGGGUGAUGCCAUGAAGGCUGGUAUGGGUUUCCCUUGUGGUCUGAGUCUCAACCACUGCGCCGCGCACUACACUCCCAACGCCGGCAACAAGAUGGUUCUGCAGCAGGAGGACGUCAUGAAGGUGGACUUUGGUGUCCACGUCAACGGCCGCAUCGUCGACUCGGCCUUUACCAUGGCUUUCGAGCCCAAGUACGAUAACCUGCUCCAGGCUGUUAAGGAUGCCACCAACGCUGGUAUCCGUGAGGCGGGCAUCGACGCCCGAGUUGGUGAGAUUGGAGGCGUUAUCCAGGAGGUGAUGGAGAGCUUCGAGGUUGAGAUUGACGGAACCACGUACCCCGUUAAGAGUAUCCGCAACCUGACGGGUCACAACAUUCUGCCCUACAGCAUCCACGGCACCAAGGCGGUGCCCAUUGUCAAGAGUAACGAUCAGACCAAGAUGGAGGAGGGCGAUGUCUUUGCCAUUGAGACGUUCGGCAGCACCGGCAACGGAUACGUCCGGGAUGACAUGGAGACGUCGCAUUACGCGAAGCGAGGAGACUCGCAGCACGUUGACCUGCGCCUCAGCUCGGCCAAGUCUCUGCUCAACGUGAUCAACAAGAACUUUGGCACGCUGCCGUUCUGCCGACGAUACCUGGACCGCCUCGGCCAGGACAAGUAUCUGCUCGGGCUCAACAGCCUUGUCAACAGCGGCAUUGUCGAAGCGUACCCACCCUUGUGUGACAAGAAGGGCUCGUACACUGCUCAGUUUGAGCAUACCAUUCUGAUCCGACCCACCGUGAAGGAGGUCGUCAGCCGUGGUGAAGACUACUAG